AUGUCGUGGCUCUGGAAGGGCGACGCAAAUUCCCCUGCCUCGUUUGAAAAGGCUCUCUCCAAACUCUCGGCUCAGAUCUCCUCUGCCAGCCUUGCCCUUGACACCACCCGCAGUCGUGGCCGUCGAGUCAAGGCGUUAUGGACGCUCUACACCACCUUGACCUACCUUCUCUAUACUCUUGUUAUUGGACUCGUUCUCGGCCCUCAGAACUGGUCACCAUACCACUAUGCCGGUCUCGUCGGCGCGCCGGCCCUGAUUUACGUGGUGCGGACACUGUUGACAGCCUUUUUUGACUGGAGGAUCAGUCGUCAACAAUCACACUUGGAUCGCUUGCAGAAACAAAGGGAGCAAAAGAUUGCAGAACUCAAAAAGGCCACAAAAUACGACAGUACUCAAGAACUGCUGCAGAAGUACGGUGGAGCCCCUCCCACUAAGACACCUUCGAGACAACUUCAGGCUAGCAAAAGAAAGAUCAAAGCCCAAGAAAAUCCACAACCUCAAAGAACCGGCAUUGCUCCUCCGCCAACUGCCAAUAUUCCUGGACGGAAUAUCUCAACACCUCCGGUAGUAAGACCCCCUCUCGACAGCAGCCCCGUAUCACCGGUCCAUGGACGAGCACCCGCCAUGGCGCCCAUGCCUGCACACAGUCCCGUGGAUGUUGCACCUGAGCCGCCAGGGUUCGCCCCCAACGCCUUUCCGCAAGCGCCACCUCCCAGCACGGCGUACGAACACACUCCUCACUGGUACGAUCGGAUCCUGGAUGUUAUGCUCGGCGAAGAUGAAACCGCAGCGAAGAACAGAUUGGUGCUGUUAUGCUCCAGAUGUCGCUUAGUCAACGGCCAGGCUCCUCCUGGGGUGAAGACGCUGGAGGAGUUGGGUCGGUGGAGAUGUAGUGGAUGUGGUGCUUGGAACGGGGUUGAGAGCGAGGGAGCCAAAGUGGUCAAGGAGAUUGCCGCCGCUUCCGCAGGACUGGAUUCGAGUGAAGAAUGGGAAGAUGCAGCACAUUCUGCAGAAACUCAUGCAGAGUCCAGCGAGGAAUUCAAGGAGGAAGAACCCGUUGACUCAGUCACGCAUGGGACGACGGGGCGGAAGGUUGAUGACCAAAGUGGUCUGGCAAAGCGGGUGACUCGAAGCGCGGGACGGAGGAGCUCUGAUACUCUAGAAUGA